UCUGCUUAAUUCCUUUGGCUUCUUUCUUGUGUUUUUCCCGGUACCAUAGGCCAUAGCUGCUUCUCUAAGAUAAAGAACAGGGUAAUGACUUUGCAAUUGAAGUGAACCAAAUUGGCCAAAAAGAUAGCCUGAAUUGAUCUCCUAAAUCCUAAUUUUCAGUGUCAAACUGAAAAAUUAAAAUGUCAUACAUUGGAUGUCUGGACUCUGCUGCAGGCUGCAAAAUACAGAAAAUAGUUCACAUCAAGAUGAACAUCCUACGCUCUUUUUGGAACAGUCCCACUGGCCUUAAAACAACUCAUUUUUGGGGUCCUGCCUUCAACUGGAGCCUUCCUUUUGCGGCAGCAAUGGACACAAAGAAACCACCGGAAACAAUAUCUGUCAAUAUGACAGGAGUUAUGUGUGUUUAUUCGGCAUCAUUCAUGAGGUUUGCUUGGGUGGUGCGACCGCGUAACCUUCAUCUUCUUGCAUGCCAUGUGACUAAUGAGACUAUGCAAUUAUAUCAACUCUCAAGGUGGUUCAGAGCUCAAAGGACCCUUGAACAGAACAAAAAGGAAAUAGAUGCAGAGUGAAACGGAAAAAAUAAAGGGUUAAAAUAGAUUGUUUGUGUUUAUAAAUAUCAAAAAAAUUGGUAUUAGUUCUUGUAAAAUUUUUAUAUAUUUUUAUCUUUGUAAAAUUGAAAUGUGUUAUUUUUUGGCCU